AUGACUGCAGUACUUAGGAGCAAGACAUACUUGGAUUUUAAAGUACCUAACGAACAAAAUAUUUACGUUUACUUUAAGUCGGUAGAAGCGCGAUUCUGGCAAUUAAAACAUUAUUUGGCGUUUCGUCUAAAAAAUGAUGAUACAAUUUUACCAUGGUCCGUUGUCUACGAUGAUUGGCAAGUUUCUUUGAAUCGUAUUGCACAAAAUACAAUUAAGAAAAUUCCAGGAUGUAUAACCGCAUUCUGCAAGGACCUCCUUAAUAUCUGUAAUACCUUUGAAGGAUCCGAAAUACGGCAAAGAUGUGAGGAGUUGUAUGAUGAUUUUUACCAACGGAAUCUUGACAAACGGAUUGCAGAGAGAAUUCGGCUCCUUGACACAACCGUAUUCUCUGAACAUAAAUUUUCGGAAUUUCUACGAGCAUCAGGCAAGAAACGGACAGGAGAGAAUAAUGAAGCCUCGUCGGGUGAAAAACGAUUUCAAAGUCACGAAGAAUAUGAUCAUGAAGAGUAUCACGGAAAGGAAAUCUUAUCUUCUGAUGUUGAAUGUUCUAAUAAAAACCAAGAUGAUGAAGAAUCUAUUAUGAAAAUCUUUGGAAAUGAGAUUGAAUACUCAGAGACAAUGAGGAACAUCUAUCUUGAACAUAAAAAACACUAUCCUGAUUAUAAUCAAGAAAUUGAACAGAAAUCAGGCAACCUGAUUCCAGAUAAUGUUCAUGAUUUUCUUGUCGAUUUUUUCUCUCAAGAGCUGACAGAAGCUGAAUGGCAGGAUAAGAUCGAUGACCUACAAUCUCCAAAAAACGAUGAUAAACCAAAAUGUGAUGAUAAACUGUUAGUGGCAACAAUAAGAAUAAUACGACGAACGUUACCACAAUUUAUAAAGGCAUUUUCUCUUGGCGCAUUUAAUCCUCUGCAAGAUAUUCAAACAAUAGAAAAACCUCAUUUAAAUUCAUAUGUUCAUCCAUGCCUAGAAGCAGCACUAUGGCAUGUUGCACGAAUCAAUUAUAUAUUUGGGGAGAUUCCUUCUCAAAACCAUGUGAAGCGAGAAUGUGCCGAUGGUGCUGGGUAUAUGUCGGGCGCUGAUAAAUUUCAAUUAAUAUAUGUGGAGGGGGCAAGGCCUAAGGCGAAGGAAAAUAAAGAAUUUGUAGAUGCGGAAAAAAUUGCAAGGAAUUUAAAAAAGAUGUUUUCAUCAAUUGUUAGAGAAACCAUUAACAAUAGAAGGCGUAUCCCAAACGGAAUGGCUGUCUUCGGAGGACAGAGUUUUGGGCUUCGCAUUCACCUCUUUUAUCUCGAUUACUGUGGCGAAUUCUGUUUACAUGAAAUUGAAAAUGCAAAUCUCCUUCGAGAUUAUACUGAGAUGGCAGACUUUGUAUGGUAUUAUGAAUGCAUGUUAAAAUGGGCAGAAGGAUUAUUUUCCGAAGAAGCAUAG